AUGGAGGCUCUCAGCACCGCACCCGAACUCUCUUCAUUCGUUCCGCUCGCGGAGCACCAGUCCCGCACCCCAAGCUCCUUCUACUCCGGCCCCCCAGUGCUACACUACCACAGCCAGCGCUGCAAGAUCGUCAUCCUCGAGCGCGAGCUGCUCAAAUCCCCAGCGCUGAAUGUACUACGCGCCCAAAUUGCCACCAGCGCCACGACCGAGGACGACGAAGAGAAAGAGGUUGCCAUUGACGGCGUCGACGCAUGGGUAACAUCUGACAAAUUCCUCCUCUUUUCUCCUGCUGCCUCAGCAGGCGUCUCAAUCCCUUACCCCUCGAUUUCGCUACACGCCCUCCAACGGCUGCGCGUGCCGGGGGCCGAAUCCGACACCGAAGUCCAGGGCCUCUACAUGCAGAUCGUGACGCCUGGUGCACCAUCCGCCGACGAUGAGGAGGAGUGCACCACCUUGACAUUGGUGUUGGCCGCGGACGCGACAGCACAGGCGUCUGCCAAUGGCGCCGAGGAAGCAGAGACAGAAACACCCACACAGCAGCUCUACGGGGCCGUCUCAGCGUGCGCCAACCUGCACCCGGAUCCUGUCGAGCCUGGGGACGAGGAUGAAGAGGAUGAAGGUCCCAAAUUCAUCUCCGCUGAAGAGCACGAGGGUGUCUUCCAGCUUGGGGAUGGUGGAAUGCCACCUCCUGUUGAUGGAAGCUCUGGGUGGAUUACGGCGGACAACAUGGAUCAGUUCUUCGAUGCGGAUGGGAACUGGAUAGCUGGUGGUGAGCCGCCUUCCUUCCCGCUUGGACCUGGUGCUGGCACUGUGAGGGCCCGGGAAGAGGAGGGUGAGAAUGGUGCAGCGGAGAAUGGAGAAGAGGAUGAUGAGACUAAGUGGCGGAAGACAGAUUGA